AACAACAACAACAACAACAACAACAACAACAACAACAACAACAACAACAACAACAACAACAACAACAACAACAACAACAACAACAACAACAACAACAACAACAACAACAACAACAACAACAACAACAACAACAACAACAACAACAACAACAACAACAACAACAACAACAACAACAACAACAACAACAACAACAACAACAACAACAACAACAACAACAACAACAACAACAACAACAACAACAACAACAACAACAACAACAACAACAACAACAACAACAACAACAACAACAACAACAACAACAACAACAACAACAACAACAACAACAACAACAACAACAACAACAACAACAACAACAACAACAACAACAACAACAACAACAACAACAACAACAACAACAACAACAACAACAACAACAACAACAACAACAACAACAACAACAACAACAACAACAACAACAACAACAACAACAACAACAACAACAACAACAACAACAACAACAACAACAACAACAACAACAACAACAACAACAACAACAACAACAACAACAACAACAACAACAACAACAACAACAACAACAACAACAACAACAACAACAACAACAACAACAACAACAACAACAACAACAACAACAACAACAACAACAACAACAACAACAACAACAACAACAACAACAACAACAACAACAACAACAACAACAACAACAACAACAACAACAACAACAACAACAACAACAACAACAACAACAACAACAACAACAACAACAACAACAACAACAACAACAACAACAACAACAACAACAACAACAACAACAACAACAACAACAACAACAACAACAACAACAACAACAACAACAACAACAACAACAACAACAACAACAACAACGGUUGUGAAGAUCGUUGUUGUUGCCACGACAAAUUCGGACAGCAGCAAAGACCAGGCUUGCCAGCACCAUCACCGGCCUCGACGUUGCUGUUGUCGGAUUCAGAUGACGAUGGAUCACCGCCAGCACCACCACCAGCAUCACCUUCGCCAUCACCAGCAUCACCUUCGCCAUCACAACCUUUGAGAUGUUCACAUUCAGAGGGUGAAAAUUCACCAUCUGAUUAUGAUGAUUGA